AUGUCCAACUCGAAACUACCGAUCUGCAUUGUGUGGGAUCGUUCGUGGAAACGCUAUAUCGAUAGCAUUCAGAUACUAAGUGGCUCUGUACGGGGCAAGCCAGAGAACGAGAAUGACGGUGGAAACAGAAUCCUGGACAUCCGACGCCAGCCACCAGAAUGGUGUCACAACUAUAUGAGCACCUUUAGGGAGAACACAUCGAGCAGCAUGAUCUGCGCUGGGGACACGAAAAGUAAUCUAUGCAACGCGGACUCCAGUAGUCCUCUGGGAGCCAUGGUGGUUCACAAAAAGAUACAGAGAUAUGUCCAGAUCGGCAUUGCCACAAUGAAUCAAAGGUGCAACAUGCCCAGUAUAUACACGGAUGUGCUAAGCCACAUGGACUUUAUCCUGCGAGCAUGGCGGUAUUAUAGCAAAGGUCACAGUUCCUCAGAAUCUAGUUCAGCGAAAAAGUCACCGACUAAUAAAAAAUGA